AUGCCGCAGGGCGAAACAUUUUAUCGAGCUGCAGCACAAGUGCUCUUCAUAUCACAAAUCUAUGGGCUGUUGCCUGUCAGCAAUAUCAGAUCUCUAGAUGUUAGAAAUAUUAAAUUUCAUUGGCUUAGUCCCCGCGCACUCUAUUCCGGCAUAAUUUUGUUAAUAGACUUCUGCGAAUUUGGUGCCGUUUUAAAUUAUGUAAUUGGGGUAGGUGUUAAUUUUCAUACCUCCAGCGCAUUGGCACUUUAUGUGGUUUGUCUGCUGGAGCAUGUCUUCUUCUGGAGAUUGGCUAUUAACUGGCGGAGCAUAAUGAAGCAUUGGCAUCAUGUGGAACAGCUUUUUCUUAGCAUACCCUAUCGCUUCUAUGACGAAUAUAAAAUGAAACGUAGAAUUAAUAUUGUGGUCGGCGUGAUCAUGUCAUCGGCACUGUUGGAGCAUUGUUUGUUGUUGGCAAAUUCAUUUCAUUUGAGCAAUAUGGAGCGCACACAGUGCAGAAUCAAUGUCAGCUAUCUGGAAAGCAUCUACAAGUGGGAACGACCUCAUCUUUAUAAUAUCUUGCCCUAUAACAUUUGGAUGAUGCCAUUUCUUGAGUUCAUCAAUGAGACCAUUGCGUAUCCUCGCUCCUUCACCGAUUGCUUUCUCAUGUGCAUUGGCAUUGGCCUCGCAGCGCGUUUUCAUCAACUGCAUCGACGCAUUGCCGCAGUGCAUAAGAAGGUGAUGCCUGCCAUUUUCUGGACAGAGGUGCGACAACAUUAUUUGGCUUUGAAGCGUCUCGUACGCUUGUUGGAUGGAGCCAUUGCACCACUUGUACUCCUGGCCUUUGGCAAUAACAUGUCCUUCAUAUGCUUUCAGCUCUUCAACAGCUUCAAAAACAUUGGCGUGGAUGGCAUUGUUAUGGUGGCCUUUUGGUACUCCUUAGUCUUUGCCGUAGUGCGCACCACAAUGACCAUUUUUAUCACAGCUUCCAUCAAUGAUUAUGAGCUCAAAAUAAUAACAGCUCUGCGUGAUGUGCCCUCCAAGGCAUGGACCACAGAGGUGCAACGCUUCAGCGAGCAGUUGGGCAAUGAUAUGACCGCACUUUCUGGCAAUGGCUUUUUCUAUCUCACACGUCAACUUGUGCUGGCUAUGGGCACUACAAUAAUCACGUAUGAGCUUAUGAUAUCCGAUGUCAUUAAUCAGGCAACCAUCAGGCAAACCGUUUAUUGUUAAGCACACUCAGCACUCUUAAGCAUUUCCAAC